AUGGAGUCACCACCAUCUCAGGCUAAGAAAUCUGGACUGAACCUCCCAGCUGGGAUGUCAGGAACCUCACUACGCCUUGACACAUUCUCUGCCUCUUGUUCUCUGCGUGCAUUAUCAAACCUCUCAUCUCCUUCCCCUUCAAAAACAUCAACAUGCAGUGACAGGUUCAUACCUUGCAGAUCAUCUUCGAGGCUCCACACUUUCGGCCUCAUCGACAAGCCUUCACCUGUCAAAGAAGGGAGUAACGAAGCUUAUUCUAGGUUGUUGAAAUCAGAGCUUUUUGGACCUGACUUUGUUUCUCCUUCUUCGCCUGCAGGUUCAGGUUCACCCAUUAGUCCUAACAAGAACAUGCUGCGCUUCAGGACUGAUCAUUCUGGACCCACUUCACCAUUUUCGCCUUCCAUUUUAGGACAACAAAAUGGGUUCUCUUCAGAAUCUUCAACCCCUCCAAAGCCUCCUCGGAAAGUUCCCAAGACACCCCACAAGGUUCUGGAUGCUCCAUCACUUCAAGAUGAUUUUUACUUGAAUCUGGUAGACUGGUCCUCACAAAAUGUUCUUGCUGUGGGACUAGGCACUUGUGUUUAUCUCUGGAGCGCUUCAAACAGCAAAGUGACAAAACUUUGUGACUUGGGGCCUUAUGAUGGUGUCUGUUCUGUCCAGUGGACCCGGGAGGGUUCUUUUAUAUCCGUUGGUACAAGUCUUGGUCAAGUUCAGAUUUGGGAUGGAUCUCAGUGUAAGAAGGUCAGAACAAUGAGUGGGCAUCAGACAAGAACUGGUGUCUUGGCAUGGAAUUCUCGCAUUUUGGCUUCAGGAAGUAGGGAUAGGAACAUACUUCAACAUGACAUGAGGGUUUCAAGUGACUUUGUUGGCAAGCUUGUUGGCCACAAGUCUGAGGUAUGUGGGUUGAAAUGGUCUUGUGAUGACAGGGAACUUGCUUCUGGUGGUAAUGAUAAUCAGCUUUUGGUAUGGAAUCAACAGUCUCAUCAACCAACUUUGAGACUUACAGAACACACUGCUGCUGUGAAGGCCAUUGCUUGGUCACCUCACCAGAACAACCUCCUUGUGUCUGGAGGUGGAACUGCUGAUAGGUGUAUUCGUUUCUGGAACACUACAAAUGGCCAUCAAUUGAACUGUGUUGACACUGGGAGCCAGGUCUGCAACCUUGCUUGGAGUAAAAAUGUAAAUGAGCUAGUAAGUACUCAUGGAUACUCCCAAAAUCAGAUUAUGGUGUGGAAAUAUCCUUCACUGGCAAAGGUUGCAACUCUAACUGGUCACAGCAUGCGAGUGCUAUACCUUGCAAUGUCUCCUGAUGGUCAGACAAUAGUAACUGGUGCUGGGGAUGAGACACUGCGGUUUUGGAAUGUUUUCCCAUCAAUGAAAGCACCUGCCCCAGUUAAAGAUACAGGUCUUUGGUCACUGGGGCGCACCCAAAUUCGAUGA